GGAGUCCGAGCUCUGGCCGGUGUCCGUUCGUCACGUGAAGGAACGACCCCCAAGUUAAGUUUCUGCUGAAGUUAGUGUCAGCUCUAUUCAUGGAAUGUCGUCGAUUUCGAGCUACAGUAAUUCUAAAAGAAUCACAGCGCGGCUCGUCCGCCGGCAGUUGUCACUUGUCAACGCGGCACAACAGCGGAACAGAACAAGUGCGAAAGCAUCGACAUCAGUGUGACGCAGAAGUCACGUGGGGCCAAUUUUCGUUUCCUUCCUUUCUUUUCCCUCUCGCUCCCACGGCAACUUAGCAGCCGGUUUUGUGUUCAUCCGCUACCGACCAGCCUUCCUUCCUGCCACGGCGUUCGACCGGUGGACGAGUUGGCGUCUCUCCUCUCUAUAAAUAAACCCCGUUCCCGCUUCAGAGAGGCAUCGGACGCGAACCACAGCCACAUCUCGCCGCCAUCGCCUUCACAUAACAUCACCAUAUCCUUUGAUAGACACAAGCGGCCGCUAUACUACGUGACAAAUCAACCAGCAGUGCGCAGUUUGUUCGCGACGACAACGGACGUACUACACUCGGCGGCUUCGGCAUCGUCGGUUUGUGGACUCGGUGGAACAGUUGGGUGACAUACGCCGGCUCGUUGUAACCGGCAUCGAAGGUUGCGUCAGCUCCGAACACGUUUUUUGAAAGUCGGGAUAUAUUUAUAACGGUCUCGAGGAAUGCGACUCGACUUCGGUACUGUCUACGGGAGUGUUGUUUGCGUGAUUACUUUGCGUGGACAUCGUCGGAGAUCGAAGGAUUGUUUGGUUUGAGAGCGGAUUGGAGCAGACGACGAACCCAGCCAUGCAGAACGGCAGCUACACCUGUUUGAAUGGAGAUGCUUCUGCUCCGGCUCAGGGAUCCGAGAAAGAAGAUCAGCGCGGGAAAUUCGCCAGCAGGAUCGAGUCGCUCCUGUACUGCAUCGGCUUCGCCGUGGGCAUCGGGGACAUAUGGAGGUUUCCCAUCCUGGUCUACCAAAACGGAGGGGGGGCAUUCUUCGCCGCAUACCUCAUCGUCAUGGUACUGGUAGCGAUUCCUCUAUUCAGCAUGGAACUAGCCCUAGGCCAAUUUUCCAGUCUUGGACCAAUUGCUGUCUGGAAGUGCCUUCCAGUCGCAAGAGGGGUGGGCAUCGCAAUGGUGGUGAUGUCUCUGCUCGUGGCCAUCUACUACAACGUGAUUCUCUGCUACACGCUCUUCUACCUCGCCCAAUCUUUCCGCUCGGUGCUCCCGUGGAGCGACUGCUACGAGUGGUGGGGCGCCGACAAGGAGACCUGCUACGUUCGCUCCAGCGAUCUCGUUCGCUGCAAGGACGUGCCGGACGUCCUCUGGAAAACGUACGGAGAGAACCAGACGGCCGGCGGCGCGGACGCGGCAUUCUCGGCUGACCGCCAAUGGCUCACGUCCCUAGUCCACGGGGCCAACUUCAGCGUUCCCACAGAAGCAUUCCAAAGCCUCGCCGCCAACUGCACCAACGCCACGCAGACAGCCGCCGAACAGUUUUGGGAGAAAUAUGUCCUAGACUUGUCGCCGAACAUUGAAGAGGUGGGGAGCAUCAAGUGGGACCUCUGCCUCUGCCUCUUCGUCAGCUGGGCGAUCGUGUUCCUCUGCCUGAUACGAGGCGUGUCCUCAUCGGGGAAGGUCGUCUACUUUACUGCGACAUUCCCGUACGUAGUCCUCUUCAUCCUCCUCGUCAAAGGAGCCACACUCUCUGGAGCCGCGCAAGGCAUCGCCUACUUCCUCGUCCCGGACUUCACCAGGCUCACUGAUCUCAAUAUAUGGCGUCGAGCAACGGAGCAGGUGUUCUAUUCUCUGGGAAUCUCCUGGGGCGGGCUCAUCAUGUCGGGAAGCUACAACAACUUCCGUCACGCCAUUCAUCUAGAUGCAUCCAUCGUGGUAAUAGCGGACCUCAUCACCAGCCUUCUCGGGGGCAUAGCCAUCUUCGCCGUGCUGGGCCAUAUGUCACUGGAACUGAACGUACCCAUCGAGGAGGUCGCCAAGGCGGGGCAAGGCCUAGCAUUCGUCAUCUACCCAGAGGCAUUGACGACCUUCUGGUGUCCGCAACUAUGGUCUUUCGUAUUUUUCAUCAUGCUGUACCUCCUGGGUAUUGACAGUGAGUUUCCUCUGCUGCAGACCACGCUGACCGUGAUCUCUGACACAUUCCCAUCGCUUCGGAGACAUCGCUCCAUCAUGGCCUUGGUCGCCUGCUCUGGUUGCUUCCUCAUUGGCCUCUCCUGUGUAACCCAGGGUGGUCAAUACGUACUGAAUCUCUUGGACACCUACUGUGCUGGCGUGUCUGCGCUCUUCAUCGCAAUGUGCGAAGUAAUCGCACUCAUGUGGCUUUACGGGGUUAAACGGUUCUCCAACGAUCUCACGUUCAUGCUGGGCAAGUCUCCGCCCUGGCUGUUCAAGUUCAGCUGGGCUGUCGUGUCACCCAUCGUCCUCUGCAUUUUACUGGUCUACGGCGUGGUGCUCUCCAAGCCGGUGACCUACAACAACGUCGAACCUUACCCCCAGUGGGCCAACAACUUGGGCUGGUUUCUGGCUUCGCUGUCCAUGAUGCAAGUUCCGAUCUGGGCCGCCGUGGCGCUCAUUCAAAGACGGAAGGAUCCUCUGAGCGCCUUUCGUCCGACGGACGACUGGGGUCCGGCAGAGAAGAAGCUGCUCCAGGAGUACCACGCCAGCUUGGGCGACGGGGCCCACAACGGGGUGCUCCACAUACCCCUGCGACACACUAGCAACGAUAAAGAAACAUGAAGGAACAAAC